CCCAGGUCGGCUGCGUGCAAGGUAAACGCCUUACCCGCUGUGCUAUCACUCCAGCCCCCUGUCAUGGGAACUUUGGCUUUUUUGUUGUUGUUUUUUAGAGUAAGUUAAUACAAGUGGUGAGCACUAGCAUCAACUGUUCGUUCUCAUCAGAUCCGCAGAAAUCCAUCUCCUUAUUCUUACAUAUCGGCGGGGCGUUCAGAUCCAUGCUCUCCUAAGUGAGGGGAAAGCUCACGACAUUUACCCCAUUUUAUAGACGUGGAAACUGACACGCAGAGCGCUGGAGUGACUUGUCUCAGCACUAACAGCGGUUGAGCUGCCACUGGAGCCUGCCCACACUGAGGACACGCCGGGGUCUCUCCUGGACCCCCGCAGCACCCCGCAGGGGGACUCGUCCCGAGGGCGGGGCAGGUGAGCAGCGACGCUUCCCCCUCGAAGCCCCCAGAGGUCGACCCGCCUAUCUACGACCCGGCCACGGUUCCCCAGAUUCUGUCAAACCCGAAAGGGGUGGCAUGUUGUUCAUCGAGGCUGCUCUCCAAGUUUACUGGGGGGCGUCGGCGGAGCGAGAAGGGACUGUCGCUAAAGCCCCUUUCCCAACAAGCAGAUGACGACCUAGCCCCACAAAAACAAAGCAGGCUGCAAAGUCGAGUUUGAGAUCUGGUGGCUGCAGCUGGCGACGCAGCCGGUCCCACGGAGUCCAGGACCGACGAGUGGUGGCCCCGUCGGGCUCCAGGGGCCGGGCUCAGGCACCCGCUGCAGGUCCAGAUGGGUCUCCCCGGGCGAGCCGGUGGCCCGCAAGAGACGAAGUGCGCAAGCGCGCUCUUGACAGCGCCCGCCCCUCUGUGGUUAGUUACUUAGGAAACAACCAAUCAGCGACCCGGACCGCAACCAAUGGGAAGCGCGGAUGGCCCGCCCGGCCAAUUUGAACGCGCGGCUCCGGGCGGGGGAAGGUGUGGGGUGAGCUCGCCCACAGUCGGGGGUGGGCGCCUGGCCGCUUGCACGAGGACCCAGAGCGGGAGGCGACACCAGUGGCGGGGGACAGGCGAAGGGCGCUGCCAUGGUGCUGGCCGUGGAGGACAGUGCGGUGCGGGUGGUGGUGCGGGUACGGCCGCCCACCCCGCGGGAGCUGGAGAGCCAGCGGCGGCCCGCCGUGCAGGUGGUGGACGAGCGCAUGCUGGUGUUCGACCCGGAGGAGCCCGACGGGGGUUUCCUGGGCCUCAAGUGGGGCGGCUCCCAUGAGGGCCCCAAGAAGAAGGGCAGGGACCUGCCGUUCGUGUUCGACCGGGUGUUCGGUGAGGCGGCCAGCCAGCAGGACGUGUUCCAGCACACCACCCUCGGCCUGCUCGACUGCUUCCUGCAGGGCUUCAACUGCUCAGUGUUUGCCUAUGGGGCCACGGGGGCUGGGAAGACACACACCAUGCUGGGCAGGGAGGGGGACCCCGGCAUCAUGUACCUGACCACCAUGGAGCUGUACCGGCGCCUCGAGGCCCACCAGGAGGAGAAGCAGUUUGAGGUGCUCAUCAGCUACCAGGAGGUGUACAACGAGCAGAUCCAUGACCUCCUGGAACCCAAGGGGCCGCUCGCCAUCCGGGAGGACCCCGACAAGGGUGUGGUGGUGCAAGGACUUUCCUUCCACCAGCCAACCUCAGCAGAGCAGCUGCUGGAAAUGCUGACCCGGGGGAACCGGAACCGCACACAGCACCCCACCGACGCCAACGCCGCCUCCUCCCGCUCCCACGCUAUCUUCCAGAUCUUCGUGAAGCAGCAGGACCGGGUGCCCAGCCUGACCCAGGCCCUGCGGGUGGCGAAGAUGAGCCUGGUGGACCUGGCAGGCUCGGAGCGGGCGUCCAGCACCCACGCCAAGGGGGAACGGCUGCGGGAGGGGGCCAACAUCAACCGCUCCCUGCUGGCCCUCAUCAACGUGCUCAACGCCCUGGCCGACGCCAAGGGCCGCAAGUCUCACGUGCCUUACCGCGACAGCAAGCUGACGCGCCUGCUGAAGGACUCCCUGGGUGGCAACUGCCGCACCGUGAUGGUCGCGGCCGUCAGCCCCUCCAGCCUCACCCUCGAGGACACCUACAACACCCUCAAGUAUGCCAGCCGUGCCAAGGAGAUCAAGCUCUCGCUGAAGAGCAACGUGAUCAGCCUGGAUUGCCACUUCAGCCAGUACGCCACCAUCUGCCAGCAGCUGCAGGCUGAGGUGGCGGCCCUGCGGGAGAAGCUGCGCAUGUACGAGGCCGGGGGUCCUGCCUCCCAGCCAGCACUUCCACUGUCCCCCAAAGUGGACCCUCUGCAGCACCCCACCCCCUCGCCUCCCUGCUCUCCCAGGGGGCUCAGCACCCCACAGUCCCACCCAGGACCAGUUCUCCCAGUGGAGAGCCAGGCCAUGGAGGCCCAGGAGGAGGGAGGCGUGGAGGUGAAGGCUUCGGAGAGAGACGAGGAGGAGGAGGAAGAAAAGGAAGAGAAGGAGGAGGAGGCUUCAGCCCAGGGGCUAGAGCAGACCUUCACCUUCCCGGGACCCCAGUCCCCUGUCCCGCCGCUGCCAUCCCAGCCCCCUGCGGACCACCCGUCCUCGCCGCCACUGGGCAGAGACCCCGCCAAACAGCUGGCCCUCAGGGUGCUGCGUCUGGCCCAGCGGCAGUUCUCCCUGCUCCAGGCGGCCGACCUCCUGACCCCUGACAUGGUGGCCGAGUUUGAGACCCUACAGCGGCUGGUGCAAGAGGACCCAGGGCCCCCGGAGGCCUCCGGGAAGCCUGGCCCAGCCGGCGGGUCCCCUCUGGCCUCGGAACUGAGCCGGGACACCAGUGAGUGUCCCCCCUCCGUCGCUGAGUCAUCAGGAUACUCCGGCCCCGUGACCCGCACCAUGGCCAAGCAGCUGGCGCUGGGGGUCCCACCUGGCCCCCACCACAAUCCCGGCCACAGCCCCCCACAGCCCACGGAGAAGAAAAGGAGGAGGGGGCCGAGCCUCGUGGGGGCCGAGAGCUCCCCCGGCCCGGAGCGGGGCCUCAAGCGGCAGCGCCAGUCCUUCCUGCCCUGCCUGCGGAGGGGGUCCCUGCCGGAGGCACCGGCCCCCUCGGGCUCCCCGGCCCCCCAGGGGGGCCAGGCCUCCUCCCCCUGCCGCUCCCCCCGUGUCUGCCCAGCCACCGUCAUCAAAAGCCGGGUGCCCCUGGGCCCCUCCGCUCUGCAGAACUGCUCCACCCCGCUGGCGCUGCCCGCCCGGGACCUCAACGCCACCUUUGACCUGUCCGACGAGCCGCCCUCCGCGCCGGGCUUCCCCGUCUGCCCGGGCUGGGAGCAGCACGGCCGCCAGGACCUGUCCUUCAUCCGCAGCGGCCCCUUGCCCGUGUUCACCAUGAAGGGCGCCAAGCCCGCGUCUUCCUUCCCCGGGUCUUCAGCCCGCAAGAAGAGGCGGAUUGUGAGCGCCUCAGUCUCCCGAUCCCUGGGGGUCGCCCGGCGCCACAGCCGCAUCGCCCGUCUCCCCAGCAGCACCCUGAAGAAGCCACUGGACCUUCUGCUGCCCCAGCCCAGCCCCACUGCAGUCCCCGCUGCGCCCGGAGGACCCAGGAGGAACUGAGGGGGCCUGGGUGCGCCCGGCGGCCGGGAGCCACAUCUCCGAGGGGCCCUGAGGGCUGCACCCUGGGCCGGUCGCCCCUUCUGCUUCCUCACUCGGAGCCAGCUGCGUCUCCUCCCGCCUCUUCGCCAGUCCUCUGCUUCUCCCUGCCUGCCAGACCCCCGGCCCACUCGCUUCUCCGCCUGUAUAUAUGCUUGUGGGGGCUCACGUGGGGAGCUGUUUCACACCAGCCCUCGGCCCCGCCCCACCCCCAGUCUAACAGAGCUCUGCAGCCCUGGGCGGGGGGCGGCGGGGAGCCCCCAUUUGGCUCUUCCUGGUUCCUGAGAAAGGAGCGGCUUGGGCUCCUCUGGGACACAAGUGUCACACGCAGGGGCCUGGGGUCGCACCCUGGCACCACACGGUCCCCUGAGCACAGUUGGGUGUGGCCCCAAAACAAAAAAGAGACCCGGAGAGGUGGGUAAGGGGCUUGCCCUGCAGGCAGCAGACCCUGGUUUAAUCCCCAGCACCCCAGAUAGUCCCUCAGCUCCACCAGGAGUAAUCCCUGAGCACCCUCAAAAAAAAAAAAAAGAAAGAAAGGAAAGGAAACCACCUCUUGCAAGGCUGGGCUGAAGCCAGGCUCGCACAGGUGCAGGGCAAACCCGCCUGCGGCUCCUACAACCCCGAGCACUGGGCAGGGGAGGGAGCCUGGAAGCCUCCACGAUCCAGGCCUGCUCUGCGCUCAGGAGUGACCCCCGGCCAUGCGGGGACCACAGGUGGCACCUAGCACCUUACCCCUGGACUCUCCAGCCCCCGUCACCCUGCUUUUCCUGAGCAGGGGUCUCAGUGUAUCUACAAAAGGGAAUUUAAAAAAGGGAAUUUCCUCCCUAAUGCUAGCUUCUAGCUCUA